AUGCAGCGGCCAUCAGUCGAGUACCAUGACUCUGCGUCGAUCCUCCGUGAUCCGCUUCCCAGUCUUCCAACUCGAGACGGUUAUCAAACAACGAGUACUGCCUGGCGCAGUCUCUACCACGUCGCUCAACUAAGCCCGUGGCGAAUGGAUGAAGAAGUCCGUCGUUGGGCUUCUCCAGGGCGCCUGAAGCCGGGAGACUUGUCGGUCCGUUCUCAUCAUUUGUUGCAGCAAGUAGGCUGUCUUGACCAUGAGCAUUACCUUUGCGGUGAUGAGCAAUCUGUUUGUGGACGUUUUGCACAGAAUACCCUUGGACCCGUGACUGCGGUUGCAUUUCACAAUGAGAUGAAAUACAGGUUUGGUGACUACAAGGUUUGCGAGGAGAGCAAGCGUUCGGCAAGCAAAAAAUUCAUUCCAGAUUUUGUCGGCGUCUGUUGUUCGGCUACGAACAUUGAACAACUGAAAGCGCUGCCCAAGGAUGAAAAGCCCACGAUGGUGCUCUUGGGGGAAGCAAAGACACCCUGGAAGCAUAACCUUCAAGCGAUAUGGGACCGUUAUCGCGCAGACCCAGAAGACGACGAAGGUAUUCGACUAGCAUUCGCAGGCCAUGUGGGAGGGAAAGCACCCAGAUUAAAUUUCUCGCGCCCCAUCCCAGCCACCAAUUCUCCAAGAGACGGCGAGAAUUGUGUUUCAGUUCGCCAAUGUUUCUAUUAUCUGUUGUCUAUCAUCGAGGAAAAUAAUGAUUACCGGUUUGAUAACCCUUGUCCUCGGGAGGAAUGGGGGAAUUCAAAGGCCCAUAUUCCCGGAUAUGAACCUCUAACCCCAAACACCAGCGCUCGGGAUCCUGGCAAUUCUAUGAUCCAAGCGACUCCUAGCGGUCUCAGACCGACCUCUCCUUCUUCACCACUGUACCUUCAAAAGACGUCUGGUGAUUAUAAAGCCGAGCUUACAUUCCGGGACCAUCAGAUCCGCGAUCGCGGUCUUGGUCGGAAGGUCGUAAUACUCAAUGGACAGGGAAUAGGGAUUAUCGUCGAUGGCGAUGACGAAGAAAAGGAAGAGGAGGGUGAUGACGGCAACGACAGCGACGACAGCGACAGCGAUGAUGAUAAUGCUGAACCUCUCAAUCCCCUACAGCGACGGCCAAUGUCGGGGUAUUUCACACUGCCGAAGGGAGACCGGACCCCUGAGAAGCGAAGCGUAGCCUUCAAUUUGCCAAUAAGAACAGAGAGACUAGAAACAAUUCCUACGCUCGAGGUCGAGUCGCCAACUCCAGCCGCGAGACUCGCACGCGAGGGCGCAGCUUCACGUGGGCCGAACGAUCGUCGGGGUACGAGCGCUCUUAAUCCUUUGUCACAACGCAUGUCUACAGCAAGACCGUCGCAGCCGGCCGCACAGGCAGGUCGGAAUCUGCCUCUUCGACCAAGGGACGCGGAAGAUGAGCAAACUGCCGAGACCCGAGAUGCCGGGGGCAGGCGGCAGUUUCCUGCAAAUGAAAAUACACCAAGACGGGGCAAGCCGUAA